UAUCUUUUGGUUGCCGCCAGGCAUGAUUAUUAUCUUGAAACCAACCAUGGCGUAACUGAAUUCUCAAUUCUCUCCUUUCGCUAUGGAACCUCUACACGUGCAGGGACACAUUCCCUCACUUCGUCCCUUAGCACAAUUCCAACCAGACACCGACAACAUUCGACGCAAUCUAAUUCAAAAGGGUGUCAACCCCACACCAAAAAUCAUCCACACUCUCCGCAAGAAACAAAUUCAAAAACACAAUCGAAAACUCAACCGCCAAGCCCUGAAUUCUCCUCCACUCUCCAACUCUCAAAAACAAACAAUGAAGGAAGAACAUCACUUUCAAGAACUCAAAGACGAAUACAGACGAUUCACAAAAGCAUUGGAAGCAAAUGUUGAAGUGAACAAGGGUUUGGAUUUGGUGGGGAAGCCGUGGGAAGAAGGGAUUCAAACAGUUGAGUUUUUGGAGCGAAGGAAGGAGUAUAGAGGAGAGAAACUUAAGAGGGAAAGUUUAAUGGAGCUUGAGGAAAUGUUCCGUGUUCGAAAGAUGGAUGAAUUGAAGUGGGUUUUGGAUGAUGAUGUAGAAAUUGACGAACUUCGGUUUGAUGAAAGUAGUUAUGGGAAAAAGACUCGUAAACGCAGUGAGGCUCAGGUUGUAAGGUUUCUUGUUGAUAGGUUGUGUGAUAGGGAGAUUGGGGCUAAGGAUUGGAAAUUUUCGAGGUUGAUGAAGUUGUCAGGAUUGCCCUUUACAGAGGGUCAGUUGUUGACAAUUCUUGAAAUGCUUAGUGCUAAGAGGUGUUGGAAGCAAGCUCUAUCUGUGAUUCAGUGGGUGUAUAAUUCUAAGGAUCAAAGACAUAAUCAAAGCAGGUUUGUGUACACAAAACUUCUUGCAGUUCUUGGGAAGGCAAGAAGGCCAAAGGAAGCCCUUAAUAUGUUCAAUUUGAUGCGGGGAAACAAUCAUGUAUAUCCUGAUAUGGCUGCAUAUCACAGCAUUGCUGUUACACUUGGUCAAGCUGGUCUUCUGAAAGAGUUGCUGAAUGUUGUCGAAUGCAUGAGGCAGAAACCCGAAACAUUUAAAUAUAUGUAUCGCAAGAACUGGGAUCUAAGUCUUGAACCUGAUGUGGUUAUUUAUAAUGCUGUACUUAAUGCUUGUGUUCCAUCAAAGCAGUGGAAAGGCGUGUCAUGGGUUUUUCAGCAACUGAGGGAAGGUGGUCUAAAACCUAAUGGGGCUACGUAUGGACUUGCAAUGGAGGUAAUGCUGGAGUCGGGCAACUACGACCUUGUCCAUGAGUUAUUUGGAAAGAUGAGGAGAAGUGGGGAAGUUCCAGAAGCCCUUACAUAUAAAGUGUUGGUGAGAACUUGUUGGAAGGAAGGUAAAGUUGAUGAAGCUGUGAAAGUUGUCAGGGACAUGGAAAGAAAAGGCGUUAUGGGAACUGCUAGUGUAUAUUAUGAGCUAGCAUGUUGCCUUUGCAACUGUGGGAGAUGGCAAGAUGCUAUUCCGGAGGUUGAGAGGAUAAGAAGACUUUCUCAUGCUAGGCCUUUGGAGGUUACUUUCACCGGCAUGAUUCGGUCAUCCAUGGAUGGUGGGCACAUUGAUGAUUGCAUAUCUAUAUUUGAAUAUAUGGAAGACCAUUGUACUCCUAAUGUAGGGACUGUAAAUAUCAUGCUAAAAGUUUACGGCCAGAAUGACAUGUUUUCCAAAGCUAAAGUUUUAUUUGAGGAAGUUAAGGUUGCAAAGUCGGAUAUUUAUGACUUCCCAAAGGGUGGCAGUACCUCUAUUGUACCAGAUGCAUACACAUAUAGCUUAAUGUUGGAAGCAUCUGCACGGGCACACCAGUGGGAAUAUUUUGAGCAUGUGUACAAAGAGAUGAUUCUCUCGGGCUAUCAUUUGGAUCAAAAUAAACACUCGUCAUUACUUGUUAAAGCUUCAAGAGCUGGCAAGUUGCAUUUACUGGAGCAUGCAUUUGACAUGAUUCUGGAAGUUGGAGAAAUUCCUUGCCAUCUUAUCUUUUUUGAAUUGGUGAUUCAAGCUAUAGCUCAACAUAAUUACGAGCGAGCUGUCAUCUUACUCAGCACCAUGGCUUAUGCGCCAUAUCGUGUGACAGAAAAGCAAUGGACGGAGCUGUUUAAAAAGAACAAAGACAGAAUCAAUCAUGAGAAUCUGGAGCGGUUGUUGGAUGCUCUUGGUAAAUGUAAUGUUGUAUCAGAAGCAACAGUCUCAAAUUUAUCAAGGUCAUUGCAUGUUCUUUGUGGAUUAGGUUCAUCCAGAAACAUCUCAAGUAUCAUCCCUUUUGGAAGUGAAAAUGUCAAUGGUCUGAAUGAGAUAAUUGAUGGUGGUGGAAAUGGAAAUGUGCCAAAUAUUUCAGGGAGAAUGACGAUAAUCGAAGGUGCUGAAUCUGGGAAUAACAUUCUUCUUGGUAGUGAUCAAGCUGAAUCAGAUACAUUUACCGUUAACCGUAAUCAAAUCGACAGAGUAAACAAUAAUGAUGUGGUGGUUUGCACGCCACAAAACUGUAAUAUUGACGAUAAAGUAAGUUUAUGUGCUGAUAAGGUGGAAUUUUGUGAUCAUCUGGCACUUGACAAGUCUUCGGAUGGUUCGGAUGAUGAGCUCUCAGAUGAUGAAAGCUAUGAAGAUGAUGAUGUUGACGAUGGAGUGAUUGACAAGCCUUCGGCAUAUCAAAUAUUGGAAGCAUGGAAGGAAAUGAGAGAGGAGGAUAAGACUUUGUUACACUCUGAACUCGAUUGUGGUUAGAUAUUGCAAGUUGUUUUAGGAUAUGACUAGGAGUUGAGUUUUUAAGGGAAAAGGAGGGGUGGGCUUAUUUUUCAUUUAUAAAUUAAAGCAAUUAUAAAAUGUUUCUAAUCAAUAAGAAAAAGUGAUUGAAAUAUUAUAUGAUUAUUUAUCA